ACACACACACACACACACACACACACACACACACACACACACACACACACACACACACACACACACUUCCUCCCCCUUAGAUCCCAGAGUAGGUGAAGAUCAAAAAGGUGUGAAAAACUAUUGUCUUUUUGGCCUUCUGAACUUUUUAGUGAAGAUCAUAGAAGUUUUGCCGCUGUAAAAUAUUUAAUUGGCCAUUUCUAUUUGAGUGGGAUUAAUAUGUGAUCUGAAAUAUUCUGGUAUUUUUUUCACAAAUAUCUUCUCACUGUAUCUGAUUAAAAUGAAUCUAAAAUUCUAUUAUUUUCUUUUAGGUAAAGAUGCACAAGAAAGUGUUGUUCUUCCCGGGGAAAGUCUGUGUUGUGUUCCGCAAGGGACCACUCGGAUUUCUCCUCUAGGAGCCGUCAAAGGAAGCCAGAAGAAUUAAGGAGGACUCCACUCUGCAGGACAAGUCUGCCCCCAUACGGGCUGACCUUGUUCAGCAGAAUGCUCUGGCUGUGGUCCGUCGGAGAGGAGGGGAUGCCUCAGACUGUACGGAGGUGCUGGGAGACUACAUCCUGCAGUUUGGGAAGUAUAAAGGGAAGUCUUUCAGGUGGCUUUUGGAGAAUGAUAUAGGGUACACAAUGUAUCUUAUUAAGAACUUGCAAAAGGAGGAAGCAUCAGGUGACAGUGUGACUGCAGGGCAUAGCAAGGACAGCCUACAGUCCUUUGUCAAUUAUUCCCUCAGUUUUGCUGAGAUCCAGUCUCUCCGAACCUAUGAGGCAAGUGGAGGGGUUGUUAUGGCAGCCUCAUUGGAAGAUGACCAGCUGGUUGGCUUUGGCACUCGUGCUAAGAGCACCUGGAAGGAGAUUUGGGACAGCAGAGCUGAUGGCUAUGCAACCUUCAUUUUGGGGAAGAGCUGUGUCCCAGGUACACGCAUGUUCAAGCUGCAGCAGUACCUGCAGAAGAGGCAGCAAUCUGCCUCUGCUUCCCCACCUGUCAAACAUGCCUCAAGGGUCCCCAAACCCCUGGUGAUGGAUGAGGAUGAAGAGCUUGAGAGUGCAAUGAUAAGCAUGACAUCCUCUAAACUACAAGUGCAGACCUUUGCUGCGUCAGCAGCAUCCAUACCAGCAGCUGCCAUACCAGGAGUGUCCGCAGGAGCAAAGACAGGUUUUUAAAUAAUAGGUUUCAGGACUGGAGUACGAUUCUUUUACAUGAUGAAUUGCCCCCCAAAACUGAAUCUCGACUUAAACUAUUUCUUUGUGUUGUUUGUGUUCUGGCCAUGUUCCGGCUGUGUUCCUUUAAUAAUACUGUUAGCUGGCGUUAUAAUAACUGUCCUAAGGACUAUGAAUUGAUCACUGCCACGAUGAAUUGAUUGCAAACACUAUGAGGGUAAGUAAGCAUUUUCUUUUCUAUGCAUGUUGUAUUUAAAAAGUUAAAUGCAUGCUUGUUCAUUAAGUCAUAAUGCUCUUCCUGCUUAGACUAGAGAGUAGUGAUUAGUAUUGUAAGUUAAUUUGGUGUGUCUGUGACAAUUUAACAGUUAACAUUUUUGAGAAGCAGGAAAAGUAAGCUUGACUGUUUGAGUUCCUACUAACAACAACUCUUGCAUAUUUUGUGAAUUUUGAAAUGACUGAUUAUUUUGUCUAUUCUAGUUCCCUCCGCAACGCUGUCCAAACUUCUGCCCAAAACUACUACUACACUGCAGGCAUCACAGGUUGAAGCUGCAUCAGCCUCAUCGGGUGUGAAAAGGAAGACACCUGUGCCCCUUCCACCAGAGCUGGCAUUCCUAGUCAAGGAGACUGCUGGUCCCACAAAACCAGAGAGGCCUAAGUCAACUCCAGAACCCAGCACAAGUGCUGCUCGCACCUCUGCACAAAAUGAAAAUAGACUUUUCAUCAGCUGAAGAUGCUCAGCCCCCUGUUCCUGUUCCUGUUACUGUUCCUGUUCCUGUUCCUGUGCCUGGGCAUGACCAUGACAUGAGCAGCUGGAGCUGUUCACAGCAACAGAAGCUCUGGAUGAGGACAGAGCUUCAGGAUCUCGGGCUGUGGCCUGGGUCUCGUCCAGUGCGUAAUCCAGGGAACACAAUUUCAUUGUGGCGUCUUCCUCCACAACCUGAGCUGAUAGAGUCGGUGGCUGAGCUCCCAUCCCCCAACUUCUUUCAGCUCCACUCAUUUUUCAUUUGGAAACCUGAGAGUGACAUCAUGGUCAGGUUGAGGAACAAUUACAUCCUGCCCUGUCUCCAUGGCUGUCCUCAUCCACAGGUGGUCUCUGCAGGGGUGGGCAGGCCUCGGGUGAUUGUCGGCACCAGUGGCCAAUAUUUUAUCCUCCUUUCGGCGGUCUGCCGAAAGAACUGGUUAGCUGACAGUCCGCGAUGGCUGGAGAAACUGCCCAGGCGCUUCACCAACCUUCUGCCUGCAAUCCUGACUUACAAGAAGGCCAUUUGUAAGUCUGUCAUGGAUGAGCUGAGGCGCACUGGCAAGUCACCAACUGAUAUGGCCAACCAGGUGAAUGAGCUCAUGCACCUGAAGUAUGAGCGAGCUCACCUGGCAUACCUUCAAGCCAUAGAGAAUGUGAGAGAUGGUGAGGCUGGAGUGUAUGGUCAGAGGACCAUUGGGCAGUUUCUAAGAAAAGACAACCAGCCACGCACUUUUGGGCCAUAUGACGAGCAACAUGGCUGGGGUGGAGUCUCUGUGUCCGGUUUCUACCUGACUGACUGCCUGCUAGAGGAGUUUAGACGUCAAGAGCCAGCUAUGUCCAGGCUCCUGCAGGGAACAUUUGGGCAUGUUUUCAGGUCUGACCACACCAGGAAAGUGGCAAGGAAGGUGACCUUGGCCUCUGGGGUGAUGUCUAGUUAUGCUGUAAUGAAUGAACACUGGCUCAUUGUUUCCUGGGUGAUGGUUCAGUCUGAGACUGAGAGGUCCUUGGAGGCAAUGUACCAGGGGAUGGCCAAGAGGUACAGCAAUGCUGGAGUGGAAAAGGCAGGCUACCAUUGGAUGGACAGGGAUUGCUGUGCUGCAUUUAAGAUCCCUGACUGCAUCCUUGGUGAACAUCUGCACUGGGAUGCCUGGAAGACUACCCCGUCCAUUGUUGCUGGAGCGACCGGCAGUUGAACACCUGUGCCUCACGAUCACAUUAUAACGACAACAUUGUUGUGAAACUGGACUUGUUUCACUGUCUGAGGCGCUUUUCACGGGAGUGCACCUCUGAGCAUCACCCUCUGUUCAGCACUUUCUGCCAGCUCCUCUCUGCUGCCUUCUGUGUUGUAGAUCAGGAAGACCUAAAAAGGCUCCAGGAUGCCUAUAGGUUCUGUGGUAUUCAUCCAGCCAAUCCCACUAAACAACACACACGGGAGCACUGCAGGAUUAAAAUACCCCAUCCAACAGAGCUGCUGGACAGAGUGGAGAGAGUCCUGAGUCACUUUCACCUGGCGACGGACCCUAACAAUGUCCCACUCUUUAAGCCAUCCAUGCUGAAGACAUGGCGAAUUCAGAGAGUGCACAUUCUCCGUGGGUGCCUCAGUGACCCUGAACUCUCCGAGGGCAUAAUGUACAGGUACGGAGGAACUCUUCAGCUGAACCACGUACCUGGUGAAGGUGCCAAAGUCCCAAUCUGGAUCCCUGUCAGAGGUACAUCACAGCAAGAGGGGU